UCCCCAAACCUCUCCCUUUUACCCUCCACAAGAGAAAACAAUGGCAAUCGACAAGAAAUCCAACAAGCUGCCUCAAACAGCAGUGCUCAAGCAAAUCCUGAGGAGAUGUUCCAGCUUGGGAAAGAAGCAAAGCUACGAUGAACAAGGUCUGCCUUUGGAUGUCCCAAAUGGUCAUUUCGUUGUAUACGUUGGUCCUAACAGGAGCAGAUACAUCGUUCCUAUUUCUUUCUUGACCCGACCCGAGUUCCAAACCUUGCUUCAUCUAGCUGAGGAAGAAUUCGGGUUCGAUCACGACAUGGGUCUCACCAUUCCUUGUGACGAAGCUGUUUUCCAGUCUCUAACAUCCAUGCUCAGAUGAUUAAGCAAUGGUUUAGGGUUCAUGAAAAAACAACUUUUUUUUGGAGAAGAUGAAGCAGCUCCAUUGCUUCUCUCAUUA